GACUGGUGCCGCGUGGUAAUAUGUCCAAAGUACAUGAGACUAAGUCUUACCUUCCUCGCUUCUAAGGAGCAUUCUGACGGUACUUCUUUCAAGAUAGAUUUGUUCGUUUUCUGGCAGUCCAUGGUAUAUUCAUUAUUCUUCACAAAUAUCAUAAUUUAAAUGAAUCACUUCUUCAGUCUUCCUUAUUCAUUGUCCAGCUUUCACAUGCAUUUGAGGGAAUUGAAAAUACCAUGGCUUGGGUCAGAAGCAACUUAGCCUCCACAGUGACAUCUUUGCUUUUUAACACUUUAAAGAGGUGUUUUGUAGCAGAUUUGCCCCAUGCAAUGAGUCUCUUGAUUUCUUGACUGCUGCUCCCAUGGGUGUUGAUUGUGCAUCCAAGUAAAAUGAAACCCUUGACAACUUCAAUCUUUUCUCCAUUUAUCUUGUGGUCUUUGAUCUUCAUCAGUAAGUGCUUCAAGUUCUUUUCACUUUUAGCAAGCAAGGUUUGCUAUCUGCAUACCGCAGACUGUUAAUGAUUCUUCCUCCAAUUCUCAGGCCACAUUCUUCUUCAUAUAGUCCAGGUUCUCAGAUUAUUUGUUCAGCAUACAGAUUGAAUAUCAUCAUAGGGUCGCUCUGAGUGGGAAUUGACUCGACGGCAGUGGGUUAUACAGAUUGAAUAAGUGUGGUGAAAGGAUACAACCCUGAUGCACACCUUUCCUGAUUUUAAACCAUGCAGUAUCCCCUUAUUCUGUUCAAACAACUGCCUCUUGGUCAGCGUACAGCUUCUGCAUGAGAGCAGUUAAGUGUUUUGGAAUUCCCAUUUUCUGCAGUGUUAAAAAAAAGAAAAAAAAUUUUUUUUUUUUUUUAUCCAUAAUUCCUUAUGAUCCAUACAGUUAAAUGCCUUUGCAUAGUCAGUAGAACACAGGAAGCCAUCUUUUUGGUGGUAUCCUCUGCUCUCAGCCUAUAGCCAUCUGACAUGAGCAAUGAUAUCCCUCGCUCUACAUCCUCUUCUGAAUCCAGUUUGAAUUUUCUGGCAGCUCCGUGUCAAUGUAUUGCUGCAACCAUUUUUAAAUUAUCUUCAGCAGAAUUUUACUUGUGUGUGAUAGUAUUGAUAUUGUUCAAUAAUUUCCAUAUUCUGUUGGAUUAUGUUUCCUUGGAACGGGCACAACUAUGUAUGUCUUCCAGUCAGUUGGCCAGGUAGCUUUGUUCCACAUUUUGUGGCAUAUACUGGUGAGCGUGUCUAGCACUGCAUCCAUUUGUUGAAACAUCUGAAUUGGUAUUCUUAUCAAUUCCUGGACUCUUGUUUUAAAAAAUAGUAGUAGCAAAAGUAGAAACUAAUUUGUAUAUGCAUAUGUGUGCACAUAUAUCCCAAAACCCACUGCCAUUGAGUCGAUUCCGACUCAUAGCGACCGUAAAGGACAGAGUAGAACUGCCCCAUGGAGUUUCCAAGGAGCGCCUGGCGGAUUCGAACUGCUGACGUCUUGGUUAGCAGGCGUAGCACUUAACCACUGUGGCACCGGGGUUUCCAUGUGCAUACAUGGUGACCUCGUAAUUCUUUGUUGUUGCUUUUUAACGUGUUUCAAGUUGCUUUAGUUAGGAAACCGUCUGUCAGUGUCAUUUCAAUAGUGUAUAUUUUAUUGAUGUUUUGAUUCCUUGGGUUCAAUUCUAGAACCCAGCCCUCUGCAUCCUGCCAGUUAUUAAGAUGCUUGACUCAAGGCAAGUUAGAUUUUGUGAGACAGUUUUCUUCUCUGUCAAGUGAGAACAGAUCAUUUCCGUUAUGAUCACAAGGUUAGAUCCUAACGUUUAUCUAAAGACUCUUAUUGACGGUUUGUCAUCCCUAAUGGGAUGACUUCUUGUCUGGUUCAUCUGAGAAAUUAUACGUCACUUGGUGGAUACCAAAACCAAAAAGCCACACCCAUUGCCUUCAAGUCAAAUCUGACUCAUAGCGACCCUAGCGGGCAGAAGAGAAAUGCCCCAUGGGUUUUCCAAGGAGUGGCUUUUAGAUUUGCACUGUUGAACUUUUGGUUAGCAACCUUGGUUAAGAAAACCACUGGUUGAAUUGAGUUUUCAUUUCUAUUUUUGUUUUAUCCUCCACACAAUUAUAAAGUCUACAGUGGAUCUCAUAUCUUUAGUGUCACUCAGGCAAUAACUUCCUGUUCUCUCCUCGCCUGAGUACCUGGUAGCAACUAGUAAACUUUGCUGUUUGUGCUUUAAUCAUAGGUUAAAAUUAGGCCUAUAUAACUUGCUCAAAAUUAUCUUAUAUGGACCCAUCCAUACUCCUUAAUCGAAACUGAGUCGUAUACCUCUUGCUUCCCCUCAUAUUAUGUGCAAAUAAGAACACCCCCCACCACCAACACCGCUCCAUGAACCAUUGGAAAAUGUGUUUUUCAUGUUAGCUACCAUUGAUACACAAGGCUUUGUCCCUAGAUUUCCUCCAGAAGGAGGCGUAUGCUUGGUUCCUGCUUAGCGGGCUUUGUAAAGGGGCAUAAUGUUGGAGAACUACAGGAACCUGGUCUACCUGGUGAGGUGGGAGAAGCCAGGAUCUGCCCUUGGAUGUCUUUGCAUUUUCCAUUUUGAGUCUUUUGAGAGCCCCUGCCUUUUUUUGAUCGAGUUUCCAUUUCCUUCUUUAUGUGAAUGAUUGAGGUUUUGUUGGUUCGGAUCUGAAGAGCUUUAAAACAUGGCAUCUGGUCUUCUACCUUCCCCUUUCUUCAAAUGAUCUGCCCUGAAUUCAUGGUGGUUCCAGAACUUGAGUGUGGAUAAAAUCUGUGGCCAGCAUUUCAAACCCAUUGUCCUGGUUAUUUCCCUGUGGUUUUUGAUUUAGUAGUUCACAGAAGAGUGCAUAUAGGCCUGCAUCUUUAAAAUAAUCCCUUAGCAUUUAGGUGGAAGAGUGCAGGGGUCCCUUUUUUUACACAAAAAUAUUGUAUGAUAUAUAUAACUAAAAUUUUGCUGUUGUCACCAUUUUUAAGUGUGCAGUUUAGUGACAUUAAAUACAUUAACAAUGGUAUGUGGCCAAGUCCACCAUCUGAUUCCAAAACUUCUUCAUCAUUCCUCACAGAUAGUCCGUACCCCUUUAGCAGUAACUCCUCAUUCUCUCCUCAAGAAGUCCCUGCAGCCACUAAUAAACUUUGGUCUCUAUGUUUUUGCCUGUUCUGCUUGUAUCAUGUAGGUUAUAUUGUGGAAUAUUUGACCUGUUGUGUCUUCCUGAUUUCACUUAGCAUCAUGUUUUCAAGGUUCAUCCAUGGCGAAGCAUGAACAGAAUUUCUUUUAUGCCUGAGCAGUAUCUCAUGGUAUUUCUUUUCUUUUAGAUAACAGUUUUCUGGAAGGGUUUAAAAAUGAAUCAAGCCUCAGAGAAAGAGGGCUGGCCAAGGUGGAGCCUGGAGGUCGAGCUCCCUCUGCACCCUGCCUACCUCAGAGCUCUGAGACUGAAGUCUGGCCUUGGGGGCUAGGAGAGCAGUGAGCUUCACAAGGCUGCUGAUGGGGCAUGGUCCACAGCCUGAACCCUGGGAAUGAGAGCUAGGCGUUAGUCCCUUCUCGUCCCCCAGGAGAAGGAAACCAUCACAGAGGCACCCUGGAACCUGGUCAGUCACACUUUGCUCACCACCUCAGUUGCCACCUGUCAGCCUCUCUUCACAGGUUUGGCUAAGGUCCCAGGAGUGGCACAGGGAGAGCUAGUGCAGUCUAGGCAGCGGGGGACUGAGGGUGACCAUCCUGCCCAUCCGUGCAAUCACAAGUAAGGAUUUUCACUGCUCUGACAGGCUGUGUGGACUGAACAUCAUUCAUCUGCCUCCGGACUGCCUAGUAGCCCUGCUUCCACUGCCAUCCCUCUUCCUGAAGUGGCUUCUUGGGCUUAGAGAGCACAUUCGCAUUGACUUCCAGAAGCGGGAGCCAGGAAAUGGACUCAGUGGCUGUCGAGGAUGUGGCUGUGGACUUUACCCAGGAAGAGUGGGCACUGCUGGAUCUUUCUCAGAGGAAACUCUACAGAGAUGUGAUGAUAGAAACCUUCAGAAAUCUGGCCUCACUAGUUUCUCAAAACCUUAAUGAUGGAGAAAAUCUAUUCCCUGAAAUUACAAUGGUACGAUUCAUGAAAAAUGACAUCUGGUCCUCCAUGGUAGGAGAAAUCUGCGAACUGCAUGGCAUUGAAGAUCAGAAUAACAACCAGAAAAUACAUGUGAGCAUCCUGUCGGUUUUUAAGAGAAAACAAAUGGUAGGGAACAUCUGUGAAACUAGUGAAGACAAUCAAUGUGAACAGACCUUCAGUCGGAUUCCAAAUCUUUUCAUGUUCCAGAGAUCUCCAGUGGAAGCAUAUCCCUCUGAAUGCAUUGAGUGUAGAAGAUCCUUGAUUGUUCAUUCCCCACCUAAGUAUCAUAUGAGCUCCCACUCUGGAUCCAGUGCCUAUCAGGGAAAAGAAUGUGGAGAAGCCUGCAGUUGUCCCUCUCACCUCCGCACUCCUGUGAGAACUUUUACUAGAGGGAAACGCUAUGAAUGUAAGGAAUGUGGCAGAGCCUUUCGUUAUUCCUCCAGCUUCACUAGACAUAUGAGAAUUCACAGUGGAGAGAGGCCUUAUAAAUGUAAGGAAUGCGGGAAGGCCUUUAUUCAGUCUUCAGACCUCACAGUUCAUAUAAGAACUCACAAUGGAGAGAGGCUUUAUAAAUGUAAGGAAUGCGACAAAGACUUUAGUCAUUUCUCAAGCUUCACUAGACACAUGAGAACUCACAAUGGAGAGUGGGCUUAUAAAUGUAAGGAAUGUGGGAAAGCCUUUAGUCAGUGUUCAGACCUCACUGCACGUUUGAAAAUUCACAGUGGAAAAACGCUUUUUGAAUGUAAGGAAUGUGAGGAAGCCUUUACCUGGUCCUCAGACCUCACUGCACCUAUAAAAAUUCACAGCAGAGAGAGGAUGUAUGAAUGUAAGGAAUGCAGCAAAACCUUUCGUCUUCCCUCGACCUUCACUAGUCAUAUGAGAACUCAUCAUGGAGAGGGGGCUUAUAAAUGUAAGGAAUGUGGGAAAGCUUUUAGUCAGUCCUCAGACCUCGCUACACAUGUAAGAAUUCACAGUGGAGUGAGGCUGUAUGAAUGUAAGGAAUGCGGCAAAGCCGUUAGUCGUCCCUCAGACCUUGCUAGACAUAUGAGAGCUCACAGUGGAGAGAGGCUUUAUGAAUGUAAAGAAUGUGGGAGAGCCUUUAGUCGGUCCUCAGACCUCACUGCACAUAUAAGAAUUCACAGUGGAGAGAGGCCGUAUGAAUGUAAAGAAUGUGGCAAAGCCUUUUGUCAUUCCUCAGGCUUCACUAGGCAUAUGAGAACUCACCAUGGAGAGAGGGCUUAUAAAUGUAAGGAAUGUAGGAAAGCUUUUAGUCAGUCCUCAGACCUCACUGCACAUAUAAGAAUUCACCGUGGAGAGAAGCUUUAUGAAUGUAAAGAAUGCGGCAAAGCUGUUAGUCAUCCCUCAAACCUUCGUAGACAUAUGAGAACUCACAGUGGUGAGAGGCCUUAUGAAUGCAAGGAAUGUGGGAAAGCCUUUAGUCAGACAUCACACCUCACUGCACAUAUUAGAGCUCACUAUGGAGAGAAGCCUUAUGAAUGUAAAGAAUGUGGGAAAGCCUUUCGUCGGUCCUCAUACCUCGCUGUACAUAUAAAAACUCACAGUGGAGAGAGGCUUUAUGAAUGUAAGGAAUGCGGCAAAGUUGUUAGUUCUCCGUCAAACCUUCAUAGACAUAUGAGAACUCACAGUGGUGAGAGGCCCUAUGAAUGCAAGGAAUGUGGGAAAGCCUUUACUCGGUCCUCACACCUCACUAGACAUAUGAGAGCUCACUGUGGAGAUAAGCCUUAUGAAUUUAAAGAAUGUGGGAAAGCCUUUCAUCAGUCCUCAAAUUUUAAGUCACAUAUAAGAACACACAGCGGAGACAGGCCUUAUGAAUGUAAGGAGUGUGGGAAAGCGUUUAGUCAGUCAUCAGAACUCACUGCAUGUAUAAGAACUCACAGUGGAGAGAGGCCCUAUGAACGUAAGGAAUGUGGGAAAGCCGUUAGUCAGUCCUCACACUUCACUGAACAUAAAAGGAUUCACAGUGCAGAGAGGCCUUAUAAAUGUAAAAAAUGUGGCAAAACCUUUAUUUGGUCCUCGCACCUCACUACACAUAUAACACACUGUAGAGGAAGGCCUUUUGCAUGUAAGCAAUGCAGCAAAGCCUUUAGUUGGUCCUCACACUUCACUACACACAUGAGAACUCACUGUAGAGGAAGGCCCUAUAAAUGUAAGGAAUGUGGCAAAGCGUUUAGUUGGUCCUCACAGCUCACUACACAUAUGAGAACUCACAGUGGUGAGAGGCCUUAUGCGUGUAAGGAAAUGUGAGAAAGCCUUUAGUCAGCUCUCAAACCUUACUAAGUAUAUAAGGACUAAUAAAGAAGAGAGGCCUUAUGAAUGUAAGGAAUGUGGAAAACCUUUUCAUCAGUCCUCACAUCUCACUGCACAUUAAAGAAUUCACAGUGGAAGGAGGUCUUAUGUAAGGAAUGUGGAAAAGCCUUUUAUCAGUUUCCAGUGCUUGCUGAACAUAAAUAACCUCAUAGUGGGGGAGACUUUAUGAAUGUAAGGAAUGUGGGAAUGAAUUUUGUUAUUUCUCAUCUCUCAGUGAAUAUAUAAGAAAUCACCCUGAAGAGAAAUAUUUUGAAUACCUGGAAUAUGGGAAUUCUUUUGUGCAUUCUCAAACCUCACUAAUCUUAUAAAAAUUCACAGUCGAGUGAGGCUUUAUAAAAAUAAGGAAUUUUUCCAUAUACAUAAAUUACUCUGAUGAAACAACCAAUGUUCAGUUCCAGACAUUUACUUUACCCUUUAAUAUAAGCAUGCAUCUCGUACAAAUAAGGCCAGUUUCCUACCAAAAAAACCCAGAUCUUUGUUGUUCCAUGAAACAAAUAAAAUAUCCACCUGUCCAUUAAGUAUCUAUUACAGUUGUUUGGUUUUUUGAAGUUAGUAUCAAAAUAAGAUUUCCACGUUGCCUUUUUGUUUGUAAAUCUGUUUAAUAUGUUUUAAACAGAAACGUUCUCCUGACUGUCUUGUAGCAUUCUGUUACAUUAAAACCUGUGACAGCAGAGCAUGUGAAAGUCAGAAACCUGUCAGAGACUCAGAAAACAAGGCAGCCGCAUUGAGAUCCAGCUCUCACAGGUUUCACUGUAUUUUGUCACAAUUUUGUUUAGUUUGUCGUCUGUAUUUUUUGUAAUGUAGACAUUGAGUCUAGCACAGUUCUGUGUAAGUGUAAUGCAAAUUAAAGAUGUAAUUUAAAAUGUUUUAGUAGCCGUAUUAACCAUUUCCUUUGACUCAGUUCUGACUAUUAGCGACUGUAUAGGACAGGGUAGAACUGCCCUAGAAGGUUCCUGAGGAGCAGCUGGUGAAUUCAAACUAUCUACCUAUUGUUUAACAGCCGGGUUCUUAAUCGCUAUGCCACCAGAGGCAUAUUAAAAAAUUAACAACUUAAGUGUGUAAUUUUUAAUGAAAAAAUUUACUUAACCCAAUGUAUUCAAUUAUUGUCCAUGUAAAAAUUGUAAAUGAAAUUAACAAGUAGAAUAAUCAAUACAAAUUUAUUUAUGGGACAUUUUACAUUUCCUUUCUUUUGCCAUCAGUAUUCCAGAAUCCAGAAGCAGAAAUCUCAUAAAUUUUACAGUUGAAAAAGUAUAUUCAUAAUCCCAGGUUACUCCAAACAUACUUUUCCAAUAAUUGAGUCAGGUUUAGUGUUAUAUUUAAAUUAAUUAAAGUUAACUCAGUUUCUUAGUUACACAAGCCACAUCGGUUGUUGGUACAACCCUAUUAGUGUUUGAAAUCCAGAGAAGUCCAUGGAUCACUUUGUACUUUUCCUGUUGCAGAGCUGGAAUCAACAAUUUCUGCCCAAAUUGCCGGUUCUUUUUGAAAAUGCAUGUCUGUGCAAUACAUGGGCUCAGUGCUAAACCAAAACCUGUUGCCAUUCAGUCAGUGUUUUCUCGGCCUUUUGCUGAACGUCUAAAAUUCAUAUUUUCUUACAUCGCAAAUACAUAUUCUUAUUCCCAGUAUAAAUUUAAGAUUAUAAGUUUUUUUUUUUUUAAUUUGAAAGAAAUGAUGCUGAACACUGUUAAGUAGGCAAACUAAACUUUAUUCAGGCUGUUGUAAUAGCAGAGAGACCUCAACGUAAGUCUGACUUCAGCUCAUAAGAGUAAAGUGAAGCAAGGGUUUUUUUAGUGAGUUUUGGGUGACAUGGGGCAGUAGAACCUUACUAAGAGGACGUUGGAAAGCAAAGAUAGGGCAGGAGGAUGGAUUUCAGACAAGAAUUCUAAAGAUUUUCAAAAAUAUUUGCUCAAGGCUAAUUUAUUAGGUUGAAGUGGGAACAUUCAUAGGGUAAAUGGUGUGAAUGGGGAAAUCUUGUCACUUUCUGUUAUUUUAUAUUAGUAUUUUUUUUAAACCUUGGUUCCUAAUAACACUGAAAUAGUUUCAAUAUAAUUACAGUACUACUAAAUAAAAACAUAUUCUAUGAAGUGUUGAGUUUCUCCGCCUCUCUUUUUGUACUUACUGGUUAUACAUUUCCAUAAGGAUAUUAACACAAGCUUACCGUGCUCAAAGAUUGGCCUGAGUACAGACUCUCUUCUGCACGGUUAUGUGGUUAGUUUGAUAUUGUUUCGUUCUAUUGAGUUGGCUCCAGCCUGUGGUGACAUUAUGUAUGUUUUUGUGUGCGGUGCAGUCAAUUCCAACUCAUAGCGACCCCAUGUGACCGUAGAGCUGUCCUGUGAGGUUUUCUUGGCUGUAAUCUUUAUAUAAGCAGAUUGUUAGGUCUUUCUCCCGUAGAGCCGCUGGUUGGGUUUGAACUGUCAAGCUUUCUAUCAGUAGCCAAGUACUUAACCAAGUGCUUAAGGAGGGCUCCUUGACCUUAUGCAUAACAGAACAAAUUGUUGCCCAGUCCUUCACUGUCUUUGCGGUCAUUGAUAUGUGUCAUGGAUUGAAUUGUGUCCCCCAAAACUAUGCAUAUCAAUUUGGCUAGGCCAUGAUUCCCACUGUUGUGUAAUUGUCCACCAUUUUGUCAUCUGAUGUGAUUUUCCUAUGUGUUGUAAAUCCUACCUCUAUGAUAUUAAUGAGGAGGCAUAGGUGGUAGUUACAUUAAUGAGGUUGGGCUCAAAAUCUACAGGAUUGGGUUGUGUCUUGAGCCAAUCUCUUUUGUGAUAUAAAAGAGAGAAGUGAGCAGAGAGACAGGGGAACCUCGUACCACCAAAAAAGGAGCAGAGAGCAGAGCCGGGAGCAGAGUGUGUCCUUUAGACCCAGGGUUCCUGCAUGGAGAAGCUCCUAGUCCAGGGGAAGAUUGAUGACAAGGACCUUCCUCCAGAGCUGACACAGAAAGCUUUACCCUGGAGCUGACCUGAAUUUGGACUUCUAGCCUCCUAGACUGUUAGAGAAUAAACUUCUUUCUUGAAGCCAUCCACUUGUGGUAUUUCUGUUAUAGCAGCACUAGUUAACUAAAACAGUAUGUUUGAGUAUUGCCUUCCAAACUGGGGGUCAUCUUCUCAGCCCUAUGUUAGACUAGUGUUAUGUUGUGAUCCAUAAGCUUUCAUUAAUUUUCUAAAGUAGGUUGCCAGGCCUUUCUUCCUAGGCUGUCAGAGUAUGGAAGCUCCGUUGAUACCUGUCCAGUAUGGGUAACCCUGCUGGUAUUGAAAUAUUUUUGGCAUAGGUUCCUGCAUCAGCAGCAUACCAGCUACCACAGUAUGACCAACUCACAGAUGGGUGGUGGCAGUUUGACAUGUUGUUAUGUUUACUUGUUUGUGUUUACAUUUAAUAUCCAGGUAUGCUUUCCUUUUGAAUUACUCCUUUAACACGUAAAACUUUCCCAAGGUUCAGAAUUUAAAAGCUAUAUGAAAAGAUGUAAUCAGAAGGCCGACUUCCUCCUAUACCAUCUGUGUUGUGUUAAUAAUCAGCACAAGUUUCUGUUUCCAUCUGUUUCCUGUGUAACCUUUCAGUGUUUCUCAGAAAUCCCUCCCCCAGAAUACAUAAAUACGUUAUUUAUCAUGUUUUCUUCACAUAAGUAUACUUUUUCCUACUGAAUAUAUACUGGAUAUCCGUCUAUCGCAGUUUAUAGUAUCGAGGAGGCCAAGGCAUAGGCGUUGGCAAAAGCUGUGCAUGUGUGCGGUAGAGCUCAGGAGGGUUGGUAGCCGUUUAACUUUUGUCUCAGAAUGUCCUUGGUCAACGUUGUUGUGUGCUGUCGAGUCCAUUCCGAUCAUAGUGACCAUAUAGAACACGGUAGAACUGACCCAUAGGGUUUCCUAGCCUACAGUCUUUAUGGGAACAGAUCUUUAGGUCUUUUCUCCUGUAGGGUCUUUUGGGUUCUAACCGCUAGUUUGCAGCAAAGCACUUAACCACUGCACCACGAGGUCUCCUUCUUUGGUCAGUAACUGUGUGUAAAUAUCCUGACAGUUCGCCUAAUUGCCCCUUGUUAGGUUGUGCUCAUCAAGUGGGGACGAAAAGAACCAAACCCCUUAAAGUCUUUGUUUUUUCAUUUUGUAUGUAGAUUGAAAAUUUUGUUUUGAACAUAUGGUUCAAAUAUUCAUCUUUAAUAUCAGUGAUACAAUUCCUAGCAAUUUAAGGCCCUUCUGUUUAUGGACAGGUAUUUCACGUAGGCUGUCUCCGUGAGAAGCCCUGGUGGUGUAGUGGUUAAGAGCUACAAGUGCUAACCAAAAGGUCGGUAGUUCGAAUCCACCAGCUAUUCCCUGGAAAUCCUAAGGGGCAGUUUUACUCUGUCCUGUAGGGUCACUAUGAGUCAGAAUUGACUUGAUAGCAAUGAGGCUUUUUUUUCUUUUUUUGGUUUUUACUCUCUGUGCAGAAACCCUGGUGACAUAGUGUUUGAAGCACUUGACUUCUAACUGAAAUGCUGGUGAUUCGAACCCCCCAGUCUUGCUUGGGAGAAACAUGUAGCAGUCUGCUUCCAUAGAGAUUUAGAACCUUGGAAAUCCUAUGGGGCUGUUGUACUCUGUACUUUGGUGGUGCUGUGAGUCGGAAUGGACUCCAUGGCAAUGGGUUUGCAUUUGUUUGUUGUCAUUUAGUCUCUGUGAGCCACCACCCAUCUGUCACUUUGUUGUACUGUGGUGGCUUACAUGUUGCCGUGGUAGCUGGAAGGUAUGCCACCAGUAUUUCCAAUCCGAGCAGGGUCACCUAAAUGGUCAGGUUUCAGUGGAGGUGCCAGAUUACAAUGGGCUAGGAAGGAAGGUCUAGGCAUCUAUUUCCAAAAAUUAGCCAGUGAACAUCCUACAGAUCAGAACAGGAUAUUGUCCACUGAGAAUCAAACAUGCCAAUGAUAGUGAAGAUGGCACAGGACCGAGCAACUUUUCAUUCUGUUAUAUAUAGGAUUGCCAUGGGGUAGAGCCUAAUGGGCAGCUAACAACAAAGGAUCUGUGAAAGGACACAGAGCCAGAAGGGGCUGGGAUUUCUCAGCCACAGAUCUGCGGUUCUCAGUGUCUCCAUUAAAUUAUGCUAUUGAUUUUGUUAACCAUUCUUAAAUCCUUCUGUGUCUAAGCACUUGUUUUAUUCAUGGGGUGUCUGAAGGGGGGACAAAAAAGGGAUAUUUAGUUAAAUCUCUGUUUUAGGAGCCCUGGUUGCGCAGUGGUUAAGAGCUACGGCUGCUAACCAAAAGGUCAGCAGUUCAAACCCACCAGCCACUCUUUGGAAACCCUGUGGGGCAGUUCUACUCUGUCCUGUAGGGUUGCUAUGAGUCUCAGUCGAGUGCAUGGCAACAAGUUUGGGGUUUUCUUUUUGUUUUUUUGGUUUAAAUGUAGUAAUAAUAACCACCUCAAAGUAGUGUAGAGCUGGUAUUUUCUCAAUUACAGUUGAGACUUUCACUUUUAAACCCAGGGUUCCAACUGUGCAGAUGUAAUUGUCAAACCCCACAUGGCCCUGACAGGAUCACAUUUCUAGGUGUGUGAUUUAAAGUGCUGUGGAGACCCCCAGCUUUUAAAUACCUGGAUUUGUUUAAUUUGGAGUCAGGACAAAAGGAUCCCUGACCUCUGGGGGUCCUCAGGUCUUUGCCCAUGGAGAGGAGUGAGGUAAAGGACCCCACAGGAGGGUUCCUAGUGGCAGGAUGUGAGUCUUGGUCCCGUUUUCCCUUGCGGCUACGAAUCUCCUUUUUGCCUGGGUACUCCUGUAUUUCCCCUGGCGGAGACCUGGAGUCAAGUUCCUGCCAACCCAUUUACUUAGGUAUUCGAACAUGAACAAAUUACUGGACUUGCUGUGCCUGUAUUUCCUUAUUCUUAAAAGUGAACAAAUAACAUCUCUCAGGCACAUUCACUGCCCUAACUUUAAGACACUGCUACCUGGCCCCACCUCUCAGCCCUGCUCCCCAUGCAGCCCCAGCCUUAUGCAAACACCCCCUCCACUUCUCUGAGAUCUCACCGCGUUUCUGCUCUUAGCCUGUAAGUAAAAUAGAUGUUGGGAUACUCACGCCGCUGGAUGCUCACUGCACUGGGGCCAUUGGAGCUGCCUGAGGGGUGAGGGGCGGUUACCACCAGGGAAGACAUGGGCUCACACUGCUGUCCAGGUAGAGGGGCCACCUCAUCAGGCUUAGUGGCCCUCAUGAAAACGCCAUUCUACAAGCACUGUGCUUACCUGGGGCUGUAGUCUCUCCUGAAGGUAAGAAUAGUUCAACAGGCAGUGUUUCUGCGGACUGCCUAGCACCCCACCCCUGCCCCACAUCACGUCCUCUCUGAUGUUCCACGACCUGGAUGUUUGAGUCACACCAGCCUCACAGCUCAGAAGACUGCACCUGCCCUCAGAAAGGCCUUUGAAUUAAUAGUUUUUCCCCUUUUGAUGAGGAAGAUGUUUCAGCUUCCAAUAUGAUGUGGCCGACACUUCA